AUGUUUGGGCGUUCAUCUCCUGAGGCGGAGUCUUUUGCGCGACGUGACGAAGCCAGCGAGCUUCGUCCGUAUCUCUCAACACCGGACAAGCAAGGAAAUCACGAGGUCAAUGUGGAACGACCACAUGACACUGGGGGCUGCCAAUAUAAGCCGGCGACUAAUAGGGACCCCUUCCAGCCUGAAAUAUGCGAGGCUUCUCGGCUCAUGGCUUCCUUUAAUAGAGGGGGAGCUUUCCAGGAUGCAGGCACAGUUCACGAGCGGCUGUAUAGGGAAGCAGGCACCAACCGCAAACGCAAGGAAGACCUCGACAAAAUUGAUGCUGAGGCUAGAGCUCGGAGUCUGGCAAGGAACAGGGCGCGAAAAGGGCGUCCGGACAACAAACUGUACCUUGACGCGCAAGCGAAGAGGGAAGCCUUGCAAUCCUUACAGCGGAAAGCUGAAGAAGAACUGCGGUCUCUACGUGACGUCCCAAAAUUCGGCCAGCGCUCCAGGGCCGUCUACCGCCACAAGUUGUUCAGGGAGCUGAGGGCUGCCGUCGACUGGUGCCAGCCUCAUCGACCUGGAAGCCUGACCCUGCAGGCUUCGUUAGUGGGCUGUCUGUUUCAGUAUUUGGGCCUCUUCCACGAGGAUCACGUAGGCGAGCUCUUCAGUGCGACCAGAGGCAACGCCAGGAAUUCAGUGGCGCUGCCCGCCUCCGCGAACCGCCACGGGCGUACCGAGAAGGAUGCAACCUUCAACAUUGUUCGCGACUUGCAAGCGCGGACGCGGCUUACCACAGAGAAGAUCUUGGCCAGUCAACUCGCCGAAAACCUGGAUGUGGAGAACCUGGGCGAAAUCCCAGUUGACCGGCUUUUCUCUUUCCUCGCCGCCGUGACGACGGAAUCUCUCGACUCUCGUGGCAGGUGGACAGCAGCUGAAGGCGCCUCUUUGAAGCAGGGCGGAGGUGUCGAUCCUGGUUGCAUAUACGAAGCCACAAGAGAGCUGCACGCCUGGGGAGCGCUGCGCAACGCCGCGAAUACAGCUCCUACGUCGCCUGCGCCUCGCCCCGGUGCAGAAGGGAUUCAGGCGAAACAGCUAGAGCAGCUGGAUAAGGACAUGACCCGCCUGCGGAAGAUAUUCAGUCACUUGAUGGUGAUCAGAUCAAGGAAGCGAGAGUGCGGCAUAUGCGCGCCAGCCUUCGCCAGCGCCUUCACAGACGCUCUGCAAGGCGUAACAUUUCGUCCUCAAAUAAACCCGCUCAGCGAAGCGAUUGCGAAGAGGUCGCGCGAGAGAGAGGCGCAGAAGCAAAACGGGCACGUAGACCUUCCGGAUCGUCUGCUCGCCCGUGCUCAGGUGGUGCAAGCUGCCAAGGAACGGCUGCGUGUGGAACAGGCUAAGCAGGAGCUGGAGGGAUGCACGUUUCACCCCAAGAUUAUCCACAGCAGAAUCAUGUCAGCUAACGCCCCGGCGACGUCCCGUGAUGCUGCGAAGCCGUUCAAGUGCUGGGCGUCGUUAUCCGUGCGUAGGCUCUCCAGUAUCCACGCCCAUGGCGCGACCGGCUCCCAGACAACUGAAACGCUGAGUCCUCUUCAGCCUGCCGGAACUGCGCCGCUGUCAUGCCGGGGGGACAUGAAGGAGCGCCGGUCACAUUGCAGCCAUGCGGAGUGCGACCGACGUCAAAAGACCAAGCGCGCGUGGAGCUGUGAAGAGCGCCGGAAGAUUAGCCGAGGCGAAGUCUUAUAUUUGGAGGGAAGAAGGCAGCUGGAGAGUCAGGAGCGAACAUUUGAGCACAUUCGCGCGCUGAAGAGAGAAGCGGAGCUUCAGGAAUGCACAUUCGCUCCGGCGAUUUCUCACUCCCUUCCGAGAGCCACAGCGCGCGACCAAGCUGCGGCCAAGCCCGCCGGGUUUGAUUCGUGUGUCGCUCGAAUCCGCCAGGCCGCCAAGCGACGUGACGAGCUUCUGAUGUUCCACGAAAUCAGAGAUCCAUCAACCUCUGCGCGAGCGCGAAAAGGGCACCGACGCAGCACUUUGCCGCAGCCCUUCAGCUUCGCUGAGGGACGGUACAAAGUGCAGCUCGCCCCAGAGGUUUUCUCGAUGACCGUUGAGGUCGGCAAAGGUCGCAAGGGGAGAAUGUCCGUCCGCGAAGGCGAGGACCCGCGACUGGUUGCACGCAGUUUCGCCAAGGCCUACAGCCUGAGCGCCGACGAGGCAGACUGGAUUACGAGCGUGUUGCUGCAGGAGAUGGCUGAGCGCAUGCUGCUCGCCAUCGCGUCCACCGAGCCAGGUCGCCCUGCGUCGCCUCUGGCCCGGGGGCCUCCACCGGAGGCCCCCAGCACCGAGUCGAGCUGGUGCUUGUCGCCUUUCCGCGUGCCGCCUCUGCGGUCGCCGCAGGACGGCCGCGCAGGAAGCACCAGGCUCUCUCUGGAGAAUGUGCUUGACCGGGAGGAACUCAGCCUUCGCGUCGCCUCGCCAGCCAAGGCGAUGAAGUCCAGCGCGGCGCGAGAGCCGCCGGACUCGAACCCCAACACGGAAAAGCGGCCUCGUCCCCGGGAGCUCAUGACGAGGCUGGGCAGCCCGCAAGAAUGCAUAGCGACGAAAAGCAGGCCAGACACUGCGGUGUCGCCUUACGUGCCCUCGCUGCCGGUAGCGGCCAGUCUCACAGGGAAGUCCUUGGCGGGCGGCAGCCGGCGACAGUCCCCGCCGAGUCUUGGAUCGCGUGAGGCGGCGCAUCCACCGACAGGAACCGCGAUAUUCGCGGCAGCACCGGCGUUUUCGGCGUUAGUGUCCUCUGAGUCUUAUGCAGAAGAAGGCUCCCGGUCGGCGUUUCGGCAGGCAGCAGGCUCCGGGACGGGGUCGCCAGGCGCCGCUCGACGACAUAAGGAAGCCGCAAGCAGGACGCCAGCCAAAAAAGGCGAAGGCCAGAGAGGCCAAAGAGCGGUUCGCAGCGGAGUUGCCUGCUGCUCGGGCGAAGCAAGCGAAGCGCCGCCACCAGAAGCCAGCGUCCCGCUGGAGGAAGAUCCCAGCUCGUGCCCUAACGCGCUGCAUGCCUCCAGCCUGGGCUCGAUCGACUUAAGCCGCCAGUUGCUCGCUUCGCCUGUCCAUCCAAGCGUCUUCGACGACGACCCCGGGGGGGGCCUAGCAGUUCCCCCACCUUGUACUCCGUAG